ACAAACGAAACAAAGGUUAUGAAAAUCAUACAUUUCUUUUAAAAGGCGAUCACUGCGAAUAUUUCAAAUAUCAAAUAUGUUAAACAACAUUUUAUAUAUAUAAAAUAUAAAUAUAUACAUAUAUAUAUCGAAACUGUUGACUAUCGUAUAUUACAAAUAGUAGGAAUAUCUUGAAGUACACUUGUGUUUGUGUUUUGAUGCUAUGGUGUGGUGGGAAAGAAGAGCAACAAGAAACUAAUACAUUAAAGUUAGACCGCGUUCUCGAUAUCAUAGUAAUAUUUUUUGUGAACACUUUUGAAACUGUGUGUAGCAAAAUUUAUUUUUUUUUCGUAUAAAUUUUAUGCACCAAAGGUGAAAGGCUAAAUCAUAAACUGAGUUUUGCUAUCAUUGAUAUUUUUUUGUGAGGUUUCCAAAGUUUUUCGCUUUUAAUAAUAUGUAGGAUGUAAUUAAAGCAAGCGUUUGAUCUCGUUUAAAAGUAGAUGAAAAAAAUUAUAAUAAUUUUAGUUGUUGGGAAAAGUGUUGCCUAUAAAUAGGAAUUAAUCAACACCUCUUUAAAGCAAAGAUAAACAAAGAGAGUUUUUCAGGCGAAAAAAAAUGGCCAACGCUAGCAUUUACGAAGUCGAUGAAAAAGUAGGUCAACAACAUACAGCAGAUGACAAAUCAAACACGAAUGAAUUCGAGAUGAUGGAAUGUCCCGUAUGUUUGCAACUUUGUGUACAUCCAUCCAAGUUGCCAUGUGGACACAUCUUUUGUUUUUUAUGCGUUAAGGGUUUGAAAAACCGUCGAUGUGCGAUGUGCCGCGCCGAAUUUUCUAGCGAAUUUCUAGACCAUCCACAGUUAUUGUUGCCCAUCAGCACGACGCCGACUUUAACAAGUAGCUCUGAACAAAAUAAGUAUCAAUGGUUUUACAAGGGGCAUAACGGUUGGUGGCAAUACGACGAGCGAACAUGCCAAGAAAUCGAAGAUGCAUAUAAAAAGGCACAAAAACAAUGUACGAUUUUGGUCGCUGGAAACUUGUACAUUGUGGAUUUCGAUCAAAUGCUACAAAAACGCCAGACUGACCCAUCCCGAAAACGACAAGUAAAAAGAGACUUGGCAACAAUUCCAAUAAAAGGUGUAGCUGGGUUGCGUCUUUGGAACACUGGAGAUCCAAAUCUAAACGUUAAUAGUUCCACUGAAAAUGUAAACAGCAAUAGUAAUUUAGUCGCAACGAUUGCAGCUACGGAGGCAGCAAUUCGAAUUGCAAGUGAUAUUAUCGACUCAACACUGGCACAUGUAGACGAUCACACAGCAGAUCAUCAAAAUGACAAUUCUGGGCGCUCUCUGCCUUUAGAUUCCGUUGUGGUGACCAGUGGUGGUGCACCAAAUGAACAAACAAGUGAAUAUAACAUAGCAAACAGUGAAAGCAGUAGUAGCAGUAGCAUUAACAACACUAGUCGUGAUAUGCUUGAUGAAAUUGAGGAAACCUUCAACAUAACCAAUCCAUCAUCGAUUAACACUUCAUUCAGGCCAACGUCUGAUUUCUUCUCUUCGACUCUGAAUGAGUUUCGUAAUUUAACACUUAAUAAUAUUGCUGACGAUUCAUCUGAUGACAAUGGUGACGAUUACGACGAUGAUGAUGACGACGACGAUGACGAUGAUACGGCUCACUUUGAGGACAACAGACAUUUCGUCGAAAGUCAAAGUCUACAGAACUGAUUAUAUAUUUGAACUGCAAAUGCACUUACUACCAUACUUUGAACAUGUUCACACACAUUUUAUUUCAUAGAUUUGGCAGAUUAAUAAAAAAAUGUCAGUUACCCAUCUAACAAUUAUAAA